AACUCUAAGCGAUCGGUUUGGUUCACGGUUAGCUCCGCCGCGUCAGAAAAUAAAUUUUUGAAUUCGAAAACCGAAUCGGUUCUGGCAUACGGAAGCGGCUAACGCAACAACAAUCGACUACGAGAGAAAAUCACAAUUGACGAGGAAAAAGACUCCUCCGUAUGUGUUUAUAAAUAUAUUUUAAAAGCCCCAUUCACGGUUUUGCAUAUAAUUUAUUAUUGAAAAAGCCAAAUGCCGCGUAUCUGCUUAAUGUCAGCGCAAAAACUCAAUUCAAUUUAUGGUUUGUGAUUGCAAAUUUGACAUAAUUGUGUUUUGAUUUAUUUGUGUGUCUGAGGCAUCUUUAAAAUUAAUCUGGCCACGAUUAUCGCACAAUAGCAGGGCAUCCCAGGGUUUUCGCGGGCCAUUUGGAAUUUGUUCGUCGUGUUUCCUCCAAGCGAAUUGAGAUAGCGGGACAUCAUCAUUAAUGCCAGAAAUGAUUGGAUUCAGCUCAUUAGUGCUGCUCUGCUGCACAAUCCUGCUGCUGGGAACGGCGGCAUCAGGUGUACAGAACAUCAACAGCACCAGUUUUGGCCAAAACAGGACGCAUCUCCAUCGGGGCCACAAUCACCGGCAGCGGCACCAAGGCGGCUCGCCAACCCACCAAAGACAGCAGCGGAGGCUUCAACCAGUCGGCCAGAAUCAGCCGAAAUCGGAUGUGGAGCUCUUGCCGGGGAUGUCCAUGCAGGAGGUCACCAGACUUAGGCGAGUCCAUCCCUACAAUCCCUACAACAGAGUCCAAACGCGACGCCUUCACCAAACCAGACCCAACUCCGAAUGGGACUACAACACCUACAAUGUUUUGACGAACACCUAUGGGCCCCCACCUCCGCCUGUUCCCUCCUCCUCGCGAUCUGGCAAGGGUCAGGACAACACCCAGGAUGUGGAGUUCAUCGGCGUGCGAGAGCGGGGUAGGGGCUACGCCUUCGUGCCCUCAGUCACCACCACCAUGGCACCUCCUCCCAACCUGAACAGGCGGUCGGCGAACCCCAAUUUCGGCAGCAGCAUGGGCACUAUCCCGCCUCUGGUUCCGGCCAGAAGAGGAUAUGUCUACACCACCACCACUCCGGCACCCGUGUCCACCUUCACCACAGAGGAUCCCUUCGAGACGAACACCAUCGGCCGAGGUCAUCCCACAGAUCCCAAGGAAAUGGAAAGACGGCAUAUUUGCGUGCAGCAGCGGACGGUGACGAUGCCCGUGAAGCGAACAGAGGUAUACACUCGGCCGACUUGGAAACACGUUAGCACGCCCUGCCAGCCGCCCUCUUACAACGGACAGAUGUGCACGCGGGUGCAGGUGGUCCACGAGCAGGCUUAUCGGGAUGUCAUCGACCACAAAACCGCCCAGCAGAUGACCUACGACUGCUGUACUGGCUGGAGCCGGGAGAACCCAAGGGCGGACGCGUGCAUGAAACCUGUUUGCUCCGUGCGCUGUCAAAACAGCGGAAAUUGCACCGCUCCAAACACUUGUAGCUGUCCGGCUGGUUAUACGGGUCGUUACUGCGAACAGGACAUCAACGAGUGCCAGACGGAGAAGCCCUGCGAUCAGCAGUGCGUGAAUACACCAGGAUCCUACGUCUGCCGCUGCCGUCAGGGAUUCGUGCUUCAGGCGGACCAGCAGAGCUGCCGGAAGACCUCCUCCCACGCAGAUGAUGCCUUCGAAGCAAGAGACUUGGAGAAUGACAUCGACGAUACAGAUACGGAGGUGGUGAUCCGGCUGCAGAAGAUUGAAAAGUCACUGGCCAAUGAGCGGGUUCACACCAACGAGCUGCAGAAAUCGCUCCAGGCCACUUACAGCAUGGUGGACACGCUGAAAAGCCGGCUGAGCACACUGGAAAAGCAGGCACAAGAUGUCAACCGCCUUCAGACGAAUCUCUACAAGACAGAGUCACGAACAAACAAACUGGAGGGAAUGCUGAAUCUGCUGCUGAAGUGCCGGAAUGGCCCGGAUGCCAACUGCCCCUGAAACAGAACUGCAUUUCCCUACACUACUUUAAUUAAAUGUUACUCGUAGUUAACUUAAUUGUCCACUCUGUUCCGUGUAGCUGCUCCUGCUUGAAAGCCAUUCCCGAAAGCGAGUCGAGUGCCUCUGUAGUCUCUAGAAGCGGCCUUUGAACCAGGCCAUUAGUACUUAAGCGAACGUGUCAUAAAUGUAUCGAGAUCUGAAGUUUUAGUCGUAAGCGCACCACCGCACCACUGCACCACCCACAGGAAAGGUGCAGCGUUUAGUUUCUGCAUGUAUCUGUAUAUAAUUGUAAUUUAUAUGAGAAAU